AAAUCUCUUUCGGGAGAUUUUGACUAGUAUACUUCAUCCUACAAUAUAAAUUCACGCAAUCCUUCAGAAAAUUUUAUCAUCAUAACAAUUAGUGAUUAGUAAAGGAGAUAGUAGUCAUUCAUUUCAGUUGUAAGAUUUAUCCAAUGGCGACUCUCUUCCAGAGCCUACUUUUUUUCACAAUAAUAGCAUUCAUCGCAUCAUUGGGUUCAGCUCAAACUGAGCCCGUCCUGGACACCGAUGGCAACCCCGUCCAAGUCGGGGUAGAUUAUUAUGUUGUUCCUCCGGCAGGAAACAACACCGGCGGUGGCGGGUUGGGGUUACAGAGCUCCGGAAACCAAACCUGUCCACUUGACGUCGUGCAAGUUUUGGAACAAAACUCAUAUGGUCUCCCACUGUUCUUCCAAUCUGUAAAUCCUAAUGAAAAAGUUGUCAACUUAGGAGUUGACCAAAAUGUCCAGUUCAAUGCCUCAACAAUUUGUAUCAUGUCCACCGUAUGGAGGCUUCAAUUUCAAUCAAAUGAGCAAAUGAAUCUUUAUUAUGUGACAACCGGUGGAGUUGCCGGAAAUCCUGGACGUGAGACAUUGAGCAAUUGGUUUCAAGUUGAGAGGUUUGAAGAUGCAUAUACGUUCGUUUAUUGUCCUACGGUUUGCGAUAUAUGUAGACCAGUUUGUGGGAACAUUGGGGUUAUUGUGGAAAAUGGAAGGCGUGUUUUGGGAAUUAAUAGAUCCCAACCACUCAAGGUUACAUUCAAGAAGGUGUGAAAAAAGAAGCACGUAAUUAGAAUACCCCUAGAAAAUAAGUGAACAUAUAGUCGUUCCCAAAAACAUAUUAAAAUGAAAAAAAUAAUAUUGUAUGCGUGUGGUGGUCUGUAACUUGCAAUGAAGACUACAAUAAUACAAGAAUUUUUUUCUGUUUUUUAUUAAUACUUGUAUUCACUCUGUCCAAUUAAAAUUCUAAUCACAUCGUAAUCUGUGAAUUGUUUUAAAAAUAGUAUUCCCUAUGUCCCAAAAUUAUUGUCCAG